AUGUCCGCAACAGACGGCGCACCCAACAAAUCCGAGGCCGCGACUUACACGCAUGGCCACCACGCCUCAGUGCUGCGGUCGCACGCCUGGCGCACCGCCGCCAACUCGGCGGCCUUUCUGCUGCCACAUGUCGCGCCGUCCAUGCGCGUCCUCGACAUCGGCUGCGGACCCGGCACCAUCACCGUCGACCUGGCCGCGCUCGUCCCGCAGGGCCACGUCACGGGCCUCGAGCGCGCCGGCGACGUGCUGGAAAAGGCGCGGGCCCUGGCCGCCGAACGAGGCGUCGCCAACAUCGACUUCGUCGUCGGCGACGCCAACGCCCUCGACUUCCCCGACGGCAGCUUCGACGUCGUCUUCUGCCACCAGGUCCUGCAGCACGUCAAGGACCCCGUCGGCAUCCUGCGCGAGAUGCGUCGCGUCGCCAGGCCCGGCAGCGGCAUCGUCGCCGCCCGCGAGUCCGACUACGGCGCCUUCUCGUGGCACCCCGACGUCGACGGCAUGGAGGACUGGCGCGCCCUGUACCGGCGGGUAGCGACCGCCAACGGCGGCGAACCCGACGCGGGUCGCAUGGUGCACGCCUGGGCCCGUCGCGCCGGCUUCGCGCCCGCCGACGUGUCCGCGAGCUCCACCAGCUGGUGCUACAGCACGCCCGAAGAAAUCGCCUGGUGGAGCGGGUUAUGGGCGGAGCGAACGGUGGCUUCUUCGUUUGCCGAGACGGCGAAGGAGGCGGGCGUGGCCACCGAAGAUGAACUGGCAAAGGCUUCCGAUGUCUGGAAGCGGUGGGGGUCCGAGGAGGAUGCUUGGUUUGCGGUGCCGAGCGGCGAGGUGAUAUGCCGGAGGAGGGCAGAGCCUUGA